UACGCAUUCUCUAUUCUUCACACCAAACGGUGAGAGAGAGAGAGAUCAGCGAUUUGGAGAAGAGAGUAAUGGCAUCAUUCGACGCUUACAGCGUGAACGGCGGGUACACCACCUUUGAUGAUUCCUACUCCUCCGUCUUCUCCUCAGCCGACGCGCCGCCGUACUCCGCUGAAACUGACGAAGUGGCUGUGGAUCAUCAUGCCAACGGCCACGAUCCGUUCGGAUUCGGGUCAAGUGAUCAGCCAGUCGGAUAUUCCGGCACGAUUCCUAUCGCUAAUGGCAAUGGGAGCUCUCCCUUUGACAUUGGGGGAGAUGCACAGGGGAUUUUCAGCUCGGACGGACCGAUCCUUCCGCCUCCAGGUGAUAUGCAGGAAGAAGGAUUUGCUCUUCGGGAGUGGCGGAGGCAAAAUGCUAUUCGGCUAGAGGAGAAGGAGAAGAGGGAACAAAACAUGCGGAGCCAAAUCAUAGAAGAAGCCGAGGAAUAUAAACAGUCGUUCUUUGAGAAAAGAAAGCUUAAUAUAGAGACUAACAAAACUACCAACCGAGAAAGAGAAAAGAUAUCCCUUGCCAAUCAAGAAAAGUUCCACAAAGAGGCUGACAAACAGUACUGGAAAGCCAUCGCAGAACUCGUUCCCAACGAGGUGGCCAAUAUUGAAAAGAGGGGAAAAAAGAAGGAUCAAGAUAAGAAGCCAUCAAUCACAGUCAUUCAAGGGCCCAAACCUGGUAAACCAACUGAUCUUUCGAGGAUGCGUGGAAUAUUGGUGAAGCUCAAGCACAAUCCCCCCGCCCACAUGCUACCGCCCCCGCCUGCUCCUGCCAAGGAUGGGAAGGAAAACAAGGACGCGGAAAAUGCCAAAAAUGCUGCUCCUAAUCCUGCCAAAGAGUCGACAGUCGCCCCUGCCAAGGGUUCUGUGCCAGACAGUGCUCCACAAAUGGGGGUAGAACAUGCUGCUCCAGCCACUUAACAGCCAGCUAAAUAACUGGAUAAGUGUUGAUUUUUCUAAAAUCCAAUUUUCUCAUCAAGAUUCAUUCUUUCUCCUUUCUAUGUCUGCCAUUGCAUUUUCAGUGAUGCAAGGGAUGUGGAAUUUUACCUCUGUAUCCAGCAUUUCUUUGUUGUUUGAUUCAUGAUGUUUGUUGCUGUAAGCCUAGUGUUGAACUAUCCCGGUAUCGUAUUCGUAUCCAUUCUUCCAAUAUAGUAGUAUGAUUGAUCCA